UUUUCGGGCACGGUGGGCCCACACAUAGCUUUCUCUUGGGUUCCCAAUCGUUGCAGUAAAUUCACGUCCUUUUUCCAAUCAGCAGCAAAGAAGAUCAGGCCGUUUUCCAGAUAGAGGCCGAGGCCCACAGAACGAAAGGUCCUGAUCAAACCGCACUCGCAUCACCACGCCACCACCCAAUCAUGUCGUGUCGUCUGACCCACACUUUCCAUCAGACGAUCUGACAUCAAGGCUUCCGUCCCUUUCAAUUUCCUUAACCCGACUUUCCUCCUCCGCCGUUCAAAAACGAAAAAGGAAAAAAAGGGUAUUUCCCGAACAGAUUCUUCCCAUCUCUCCACCUUUUACCCUCAGCCAUGACUUCUCUCUGCAAGCUCCAGAAACCCUAAACUCCCAAAACGCCCUUCCCUCUGUCCUCUCCCAAUGCACAUGGACGAUAAUACCCCUCUCUAUUUUUGAAAAUCCUAACAAAUCGCAAUCCCUCUCUCCCUCUCUCGCUCUUUUCCAAUCAAUGGAGGCCCGAAGAGCUUCUCGCAUGGUGAUCGAUCCUAAAGUGCGCCAGGUGGGAUUCGUUACCCCCGGCGCACCCCCCGACCGCACCCAGUCCGGGCCCACCAUCGCCACGUCACCUCCCGUCGCCGACCUAUCCCUCGCCGGCAACUCCCUCUCCCCGGUCAUGAUCCCCCCGCCUCGCCACGCGUCUGACAACCUCUCGUCUUCAAUCUCCGCUGCUGCCGUGGCCCGCCCGAUUCCCGUCCCGGUCCGCAGGGCCGGGGACUCUAUGGUGCUCGGGAGCUACAACCCCUCGGAGUCGCUCCUGGGGACGUCGCCGAUGCCAUCGCCGUCGAGCAGGACCGACGAUGUGGAGCUGUCAGAGGAUAUGUCAACGGCAUCUGGGUGGAUCGGGAAGGGCAGUACGGGGAAGGUCGCCGCAUCGUCUUUCCCAAACAGUGGCGUGGCUGAGGUGGCAGCAUCGAAGGUGGGUAAUUUUAUGGGGCCGAUCAGUCUGACCACGGUGUCGGUGAUGAAAAUGCCGCUGGGAGUGUCAGAAAAAGGUGGAAGGGCGUUGGCUGAGGUGCAAAAUGAACGUGCUGGGGGUUCAAAGCCAUUGAAAGAGAAAACCUCAAAAGCUGAAAGACGUGCCAUUCAAGAGGCUCAACGAGCUGCUAAGGCUGCUGCAAAAAAUGCAGGAGAAGGAAGCAAGCCUGCAACUGCUUCUGGAGGAGCGGCGACAGCAAAUUCCAAGCAAUCUAAAGGUGUGAAGCUGCCUUCACAGAAGAAAGAUAGUGCUCCAGGUACGCCUUCAGUUGCGGCUUCGGAGAAGAAAGGUGCCGAUCGACCUCCAGAAAAAGACAGGAAGAAAGAUGUCCCUCACCCGCGUAUGCAAUUUGAUGAUGAGCAACGAGUCGAAAAGGCUAAAAAGCGUGCAGUGGUUAAGCAAACUGAAGCUAGAAACAGGGUUGAAUUGUUCAGACAUUUACCCCAGUAUGAACAUGGAACUCGGCUUUCUGACCUUGAGUCGAAGUUUUUCCAGCUUGAUCCAAUGCAUCCUGCUGUUUACAAGGUUGGGUUGCAGUAUUUGGCUGGGGAUAUUUCUGGCGGCAAUGCACGUUGUGUUGCAAUGCUUUUGGCAUUUAAAGAGGCCAUUAAGGACUAUUCCACACCACCCGAAAAAAAUCUCAUUCGAGAUUUGACCGCAAAAAUUGGUAGCUAUGUUUCAUUUUUGAUCGAGUGUAGGCCCCUUUCAAUCAGCAUGGGAAAUGCAAUUAGGUUUCUGAAGAACACAAUUGCCAGGUUGCCUUUGACGUUGUCAGAGUCGGAAGCAAAAGCUUCACUCCAGUCAGAUAUUGAACGUUUUAUAAAUGAUAAGAUAGUGCUUGCUGAUAAGGUGAUAGUGAGGCAUGCAGUAACAAAGAUCAGAGAUGGGGAUGUGCUGCUCACAUAUGGGUCAUCUUCUGUCGUUGAAAUGAUACUAUUGUAUGCUCAUGAGCUCGGGAAACAGUUCCGUGUUGUGGUAGUAGACUCACGUCCAAAGCUCGAAGGCCAAGCAUUGCUUCGGAGGCUGGUGGCGAAGGGCCUCAGCUGUACUUACACACAUAUAAAUGCUAUUUCCUAUAUCAUGCAUGAAGUAACACGAGUUUUUUUGGGAGCUUCUUCUGUGUUAUCUAAUGGAACCGUUUAUUCAAGAGUUGGGACUGCGUGUGUUGCUAUGGUUGCUCAUGCUUUCCGUGUUCCUGUUUUAAUAUGCUGCGAAGCAUAUAAGUUCCAUGAAAGGGUACAACUUGAUUCUAUAUGCUCUAAUGAACUAGGUGACUCAGAUGCCAUUGCAAAGGUUCCUGGAAGAAAGGAUGUGAAUUAUCUGGAUAAUUGCUCUGAUAUUGAAAAUCUACAAAAUUUACAACUUCUGAAUCUUGCUUAUGAUGCGACUCCUUCAGAUUAUGUAUCAAUGAUAGUCACAGAUUAUGGAAUGGUGCCACCGACAAGCGUGCCAGUCAUCGUCCGAGAAUACCGAAGAGAGCACUUGUGGAUAUAGAGGGAUAGAUCAACACUAGAUUAAGUGGCACUUUUGGCUAUUAGUUUUCUUGCUCGAAUUCCAAUCUCAGUCGAAUGUCUUGUGGCAAAUAAGACUUAGGAAAUCUCUGAUCGUUUAGCCUGCAGGCCAUAUCGUCCUUUCUUCUUCGCAGUUCCAUUUUCUUUCCCUCUGGUUUGAAUAAUGUUUUCAGGCCUCAUCAAAUUUGCUGGCGAUUUGGAUUUUGUUAAUCUCGACUCAGUGAAGAGCGCGGCUUCUUCGCCUCUCCGGGCAGUUUUGUUGGGGAUGCUUGGCUUCUUUCUGUAAUCUGACUCUGGAUUUUCUCGAAUGCAUCUGUUUUAGGUGAGAA